CAACAAAAGCAUACUCCUUUAUUUUGCCUUUUUGCUUUGACUCUUGGCAGCUCCAUGCCUCUCUCUUCUUCUAAACCCUAAUCGGCUCUUCAAGAAAGCACAAAAACAUAACCGAAUUCUAGCCAUGGAAAACUUAUCUUACUCUUCCUAUCCAGAUUCCACCAACUCCUCACCUCGCUCGCGUGACAUAGACGAUACCCAAUCUUUUGACGAGCCGUCGUCCAACGCUAACAACAAUUACAAAGUUAAAUUAAUGUGCAGUUACGGUGGUAAAAUCCUACCCAGACCUCACGAUAACCAACUCGCUUAUAUCGGCGGCGAUACUAAAAUCCUCGCCGUUGAUCGUAACAUCAAGUUCUCUCUCUUUAUUAACAAACUCACUUCUCUUUGCAAUACUGAUAAUCUUCAGAAUAAUAAAUGUUUGAAGUACCAAUUACCUGGAGAAGAUCUCGACGCUUUGAUUUCUUUAACCAACGAUGAGGAUCUCGAGCAUAUGAUGCUCGAGUAUGACCGCAUGUACCGGGGUUCUGCUAAGCCUGCCAGAUUGAGGUUGUUUUUGUUUCAAAUUAAUUAUAAAUCAGCCAGUAGUUUUGGAUCUGAUGAGGUCAAAUCGGAGCAGCAGUGGUUUAUUCACGCUUUGAAUUCUGGUAUACUUCAAAAUCUACAAGUGCCGCCAAAUGGGGCGGAUGCGGCGGCGGUUGUGCCGACUGGGAAUGCAGACUUUCUGUUUGGAUCGGAGAAGAUUCUCUCGGAAGUUGGACCGCCGUCGACGGUUCCGGAGAAUCAAUUAUUUGGUAGUCACGAGCAGGUUAUGAAUAGGAAAAUUGAGGAUGUGAAUUCUAGGGUUUACAGUGUAGAAUAUUACCACCAGCAGCAGCAGCAGAAUGUAGGUGAACACAUUACUCCGCCGUCUCCUCUGCCUCCAACAGCGGCACAGGUGCCGGUCGUAAUGCAGGUUCCUGCUUACUCACCGGAAAGACACGUCAUAGGUGGAAAUGAGCAGACAUUUUAUCAAAUGCCUUAUCAUCAGACGGCGGCGGUGAGACCGGUUGCCGGACAAGCAGGUCAACCUUAUUACGGAAUGCAGCAACAGUAUCAACCACUGUAUAAUAUGGCCCCACCACCACCAACGCAACAGCAGCAGCAGUAUUUGCAGGUUGGUUAUGAUAGUGCAGGCAGGCAGGUUUAUUAUACUACUACUGCUCCUACUCCACAACAAUAUCAACCCAUGGCGGCACCACCACCACCCACAUCAACACCACCACCGAUUGGCGGCGCAUUAACUCAAGAUGGUAAAGUUCAGGUUGUUGCUAAUGUAACGCCCCCGCAAAAUUCAUCCGUGUGAGUUUUAAUUUUUUGUAAUACUAAUAUUGUUAUGUUUGUGUUGUGGAACUAACUUGUAAGGUUCAUUGUUUGACAUUAAUCUAAUAUUUUUUUUAUGAUUAUUUGUAGUAUGAUCUAGUCAAUCUUCUAGCA